AUGUUGAAUCCGCAGAGAUCCCUGUCCGAACUGCCCAAAAUGUCGGCUGCCAGCCAGGUGGAGAGAGCUGUGUUGGAGGAGGAAUUCAACUGGCUGCUUAAAGAGGAAGUGCAUGCUGUCCUGAAGCAGCUGCAGGACAUCCUCAAGGAGGCAUCUAGACGCUUUUCAAUGCCGACGCCUGGCAUGGAGAGUCAACUCAAACAGGAAAACUUCAUCCUCGGCAGCUCAACUAUGGACCAAGUGAAAGGGGUGCUGACUCUGCAGGGAGAGGCUCUCACUCAAGCUGACAUAAACCUGAAAGUUGCCAAAAGCAGCCAAGUGCUCCAUUUUCAAUUCAGGGAUGACAAGCAGUGGAAAUUGCAACAGAUCCAGGAUGCCAGGAACCAUGUGAACCAGGCUCUACAGCUGCUGAGCAGCCGGGAUGAGAGCUACCACUUCAAGACGGGUGCUGAGGUCAAUAAGCUGAUGGAUGCAGUGAUGCUUCAGCUGACACGAGCAAGAAACCGCCUGACCACGCCAGCCACCAUGACCCUGUCCGAGCUGGCCACCAGCGGCCUGAUGAAAAUGUUCACUCCUCCAAUGCCAGGGGACGUGAUGGUGAAUUUUUACAUCAACUUGAGCAAGCUGUGUCUGACCGUCUAUCAGCUCCACGUGCUGCAGCCCAACACCACAAAGAAUUUCAAGCCAGCUGGAAGUUCAGUGUUGCACAACCCUGGGGCAAUGUUUGAGCUCAACAACAACCGAUUUGAGGUGAGCCACGUCCACAAGGUGGAGUGUGUGGUGCCUUGGCUCAACGACACGCUGGUAUUCUUCACCAUCUCCCUGCAACUGUGCCAGCAGCUCAAGGACAAGAUAUCUGUGUUCUCCAGUUUCUGGAACUACAGACCCUUCUAAUCACCUGCCAGUCCAGCCUAAAGAGCAGUCAGUUCCCAAACAAACCUCAAAACUGUAAGGGAUAUCUUAAACACUAUUUACAUAUUUAUGACCAUGUUGUUAAUUUUCAAGUGUUUUGCAGAAAGAGCCGAAUCAUAACCCAGCGACCGUCAGUGUUUAUUGUUCUUCCCAGUCCUAUUAGCAAAGCCGUCAUCACUCUGCCUGUGUGAAUGUCAUUUCACAGCACUAACUUGAACUCCUUGAAAUGAAGCAGCUUUUGUGUUGUUUGUAACUGUUAUGAAAUGUUUUGUCUCAGCAACUAAGUGCAUAACACGAGAUCCUAAACUUGUCAAAUGAUUUAGUUCUGUUUGUAGAGACACUAAUUUGUGUACUCAGGGGAGGUAUACAGACAGGUUUGUGGUAAGGAAUGUGUUGUCCCUCUGACAGCACACAGCUGUCUGUCACCAAGGGGUUUUUGGGGUUUUGUCACUACAUGGAUAUACCUAAACGAUAAGCUAUUAGUUGUCUCGUAGUUAUUGUAAUCAAACGGCUCUGGUUUAUUUUAAAGUGUUUGCUAUAUUUUCAUAUUUAUUGACAUUUUUUGCACCUCUAUUGUCUUGAUCGUUCCUUGUGAACCAAAUAUUCAUUCCAAUCUUGAACAAAAUACUUUAUUCCAGGAAGUGUUAUUCUAUUUUGCGAAGCUAUAUAUCAUAUAAAACAUGAAAUUUAUCUGUUGUCUGUGCAAUAAAAAUGGUCAAAUCAG